AUGGCGCAACAAGUUGGUUCCUCAAUGCCGGCUGAUGAGGCUCAGGUCCAAGUAGGGGCAGGAGAAGCGCUUGACAAACGGGGUUAUGCUCGUCGAAACGACGGUCAAGAGCAGCGCGACGAAGAAAUUCUUGCGCGAACCAUCAGCUUACCGAGGGAUGGAUCCCAUAACGCACGCUACACUCCUCAGGAAGCGUAUGAUCGCGCUCUCCGUCUCUUGCGCUCCGUCACGUUAGCACAUCAACGACGCAUGCAAGAGUCGAACUCCAAGGGCUCCAGCGGCGCUCCAGAAGGCAGCGAUGGCGACUCUGACCCCAACCCCUCGCGUAAAUCCGGGGCUACAGGCAGCUCUGCGCCGCGGCAUUCCGUUCUGCCCAGUUGGAAGGACAUCAUUCGUGCAACGUACAGUCCCUUUGGCAUAGUGAUACGCGUCUACCACAAGCUCAGCGACUUGUUCGCCUCUACAGCUCGUGCAGCACAGUACGGCCGAUUCAUUCUUGCGCGCACCUUUGCAUUUCUGCACGGCAUAACGGGCGGCGACCCAGGGGCAACCGGUGGCGGAGUCGGCGCUGGGGUGGGGCGCCUCUUGGGUACUGGGUCUACCCAGAGGCCCGCAGGCGCCGCGUUUGGAUAUGGAUACGGAGGAGCGGAGACGGAACAGAAGUACGCGACGACAGGAAUAGACACAGACAGGAAGAGCGAGCGCGCUUGGCCUAGCGCACAGCCGCGCCAGCUGUGGCCGGAGUGGGAGGCUUUUGCCGACGAGGCACUCUUUGGACCUCACAUCGGCACCGGUGCUUUCUCAAGAACGACGGACAAGCGAAACAAGGAGUAUGGCCUCAGCUACACUGAUCGGCUGUUCCGAGCGGUCAAGGGCCGGGUGUUUGAAACUCUGAUGGGAAAGGAGCAGACGAAACACGACCCCACAAAGAGGCCAGUUAUCAGUCCCGGCGAGCUGAAGCGUGCCCAGAGAGUCGAAGAGGCCGUGAGCCUGCUACAAGCAAUCGUCAACGUGGGCACAGACAAAGUCUCUUCCGACGCGAUUGAGCGCAGCCUAUCGCCCAAGGACAUCAUUGCUGCUGCUCUGCAAGCGCAGUCUCCACCGGCGGAGCCCACGAACGACUCCACUACCACAAGUUCCCUUGAACGGCCACUUCGCGAGGUCCAGUCUGACGCCCUCUGGGUUCUCGGCGAGCACCACCUCUGGGGAACCCACGGAAGCGCGGCUGAUGUGCCGCGCGCGCGUGCUGCAUUCGAGCAGCUUGCGCAAGCUACGGGAAACAGCAGCGCGCAUGUCCGAUUGGGAUUCCUAGACGGCAGCGGCUGGGGUCAUGGGUUGGCAGCUGGGGGGGUGCGUCCAGGCGCUGACACGAAUGGGACGCGGGGCGAUCAAGAGAAGGAUGAUGCGGAGGACAUCUUUGGCGUUGGCAGGGGUGGCGCGGAGCAAGCCUCUGCGUUGUUGCACUUUGCGGCCGCCGCACGGUCCGGUGACCCGGAUGGACAGGUCUCUUUGGGCUAUCGGCACUGGGCAGGUAUCGGCACUCCUAGUGCCUGUCAAGACGCGCUGGUCUGGUAUGAGAAAGCGGCUGACCAUUCAUAUGCACGAUUCAUGAACGGCCCACCUGGAGGGCUGACACUGCCAUAUACUAAGAUCCGUCUUUCGGAUAUUGAAGGCGGUGUGUACGGUCCAGGCGCCUCCGUUGCUUCAACAGGAACAGGAGCGCAAAUGCCGCAAAUGCAUGCAGUGCUUAAUUCGUUGCCGGGCAGCGGCGCCGACUCUGAUUCGCGCCGCUUGGAGGACAUGCUAGAGUUCUACACGUACCAUGCUGACAAUGGCGAGCCUUGGCACAUGCUCUUCCUUGCACGCAUCUACUAUCACGGCAGCCUCUGGGGCCCAGGCGAGACGGCCGGCGCCGUAGCGACGGACUACGGCAAAUCGCUGCGCUACCUGCUGAGGAUUGCGUCGCAGGUGUGGCCGCGCGACAGCGGCACAGUGCUCCGCGGUGGGCCUGCAAAGUUGGUCGCGGGACCGGGUGAGCGUGGCGAAGAUGUUCGAAUGCCGAAUGUUGACAACACGCUGCUCAGCCACGCCGGCACUGCUGCAGGCAUGAUUGGACAUAUGUACUUGCGUGGCGAAGGUGUCCCGCAGGAUUUUCACCGCGCCUGGGUCUGGUUCCAGCGAGGUAUCGACCUGGCGGAUGCAGUGUCGCACAAUGGUGUAGGCAUCAUGCUGCGCGACGGGCUCGGCGUACCUCGCGACGUCGCCAAAGCAGUUCAAGCCUUUGAGAUCCCUGCUUCCGAGAAGAUUCCACACACGGGCGCCAUUGUCAAUAUUGCCAAGAUCCUCUACGAUAUAGGAGAUCGAGCGGACGCCAGGAAGCGCUUCGAGACAGCGAUAUUCUGGGGUAAUCCGUUCGAGUCUUACUACUGGCUCGCGAAAUUGAACUCUGCCCAAGCACGCUCGCCCCAGUCCACAGCUCAAGCGCCCAGGCCACAACAAGACGACCUGUGCCGAUUAGCUGUCGUUGGCUUUAAGCGUGUCGUCGAGCGCGGCGAUUGGGACAACCCUGUCUUCCACCGUGCGGAGAAGGCGUGGCGGCGUGGUCAUCGCGAAAAGGCACUCCUCGGCUGGAUGAUGGCCGGCGAGCGAGGGUACGAAGCGGCGCAGAACAACAUUGCGUGGAUCUUGGAUCGCGACAAGCGCAUGUUCCGUAUUCCAGCCAUCGACGUCGAAAGCACACAAGAGAACAACAGCAACGAUCGUCUUGCCCUGCUCCAGUGGACGCGCAGUGCCGGGCAGAAUAACAUCGAUGCAUUGGUCAAGAUGGGCGACUAUUACUUCCGUGGACUAGGUACAGAGUCGCCUGGUGUCCCGUCCUAUGUCAAAGCAGCGUUCUGUUACCAGGCAGCAGCCGACAGCCGGCUCUCUGCGCUAGCGUAUUGGAAUUUGGCCUGGAUGCAUGAGACGGGCGUGGGCGUGCCGCGACAAGACUUCGUUCUUGCGAAGCGCUACUACGACACCGCCUGGGUCAUCAAUCGUUCCGAGGCAUAUCUUCCGGUUCUUCUUUCUCUCAUCCGUCUCCACCUCCGUGCGCUAUGGGCCACUGCAACACGUGGCGAUGCGACUGCGGCAAGCCUCUGGUCCAGCUAUGCAGGCUCCUCGGAGAUGAUGGCGUAUACGGAGCAAGAGGAGCAUAGCUUGGAGGCUGCCGCGCGGAUGGGUGGCCUAACAAAGCAACAAAGCGAUACGUUUCUGGACAAUAAGCAUGGCCAUGGACAUGACGAGUACGACCAUGCGGAUCCUAACCUGCCAGAGUCGUAUGACCAACGCCGGCUGAAGCGUUUCGAUGAUGAGCUGGAGGGCGAUGAUUGGAGCCAAGGCGAGGCUGAUGCCGAGGGGACUUUGGAGGGCUUCCUGCUCGUCUUGAGCUUGUCUGCACUAGCAUACUUUGUAUAUCUGCGUCAGCAGGCGCAGUUGCGGUUGCGGCAGCAAGGUGCGCCACCACCUCAACAUGGGCAGCAGCAGCAGGAGGAAGAUGCGCUGCAAGAAUUUCCAGACCCGCGACCAUAA